CUGCUUCCAUGGUCAGUGAAAAAGGGUCAAAUCCUAUGAGCAUGAUAGAAUCAAACGUUAAACACAGAAAAUCCCACCAUUAAUUCUGGUGUUUCCCACGCAGAAACAGUAUAUCUUACUGAACAAUAGAAAACUUUGGAUUGGCAUAAUUAAAGAUGCAUGAAGGCUUUACACUUGUUUGACACCAAUAUAGAAGCAUGGCUUAAAGAAGGUACUCUCCAGGAAUCAUGGACUUUUUCAGUUAGAAUCAUCAACUGAUUUGCUGUAAAUCUAUGGGGAUAGCUAGCAGAAGGUAGAAGGAUAAGAGUCUUCAAACCUUGUCAAGGAGGAAAAGUGCAGGGAGGGAAACUAAUUUAAAGGAGAUGGAAUCCAAAUUCUAUUUGGGGUAAUGCCUUUUUUGUUUUAUUGGUGUUUGGUGUGCUGUGCUAAACUUGCCUCACAAUUAAAACCAGAAAAGUUCGAUUCUUUACUUACCCUUUACCUUUCCUUUCACCCAAUUGCCAUGAAAAGCUCCCACUUCUUCACUCUGCCCUGUCAAGUGCCCACUGACAACCCACCCUCUGUUUUCCUUCCUCCUUUUUGUUCCUCAUUCAAAGUUAAAAAUCUCGUCUAUUUACAUCUUCGUCUUCAAUUCCCAUGGAGGAGCAUCCCAGUCGUGAGCGCAAUCCUCACUUUCAGCCAAGCCCACAGCAUCAGGAUCAACAAAAACAACCGCAGUACCUCUCAACGCAGCUGCCUCCAUCGGGACAACCACCACAACCCUCUCGCCAACCUCUUCGCCAUGGAGGAGUAUCAGGUACUCUUAAGGUGCCCAACACUCGCAGGAAAAAGCCUGUCAUCUGGUUCACCACCUGGUUCGGUGCUGUCUGCUGCGCCAUAUUCUGGAUCAUCAUCAUACUCACGGGCUUAGCCAUACUGAUCGUCUACCUCGCAUUCAGGCCUCGAAGCCCUCAUUUCGAUAUCUCAAGCGUUACCCUCGAUGCAGCUUACAUAGAUACAGGGUCUCUGCUCAAUGCCGACCUCACUAUCCUUACCAAUUUCACAAACCCAAACAAGAAGGUAAACGUGGAUUUCAGCUUCAUGGUCCUUCAGCUCUAUUACGAAGACACCCUAAUCGCCACCAGAGCCAUAGAUCCUUUUUCUGUGACAAGCAUGGAGACGAGGCUCCACAAUGUGGAGAUGAUCUCCAGCCAAGUUUCUCUCCCAAUAGAUGUCUCAGAGACACUGAGGAAACAGAUGGGUGGGAAUGCAGUCAUCUUCAACCUCCAGGGCACAUUUCGAACUCGAUCAAAUUUUGGGAGUUUCUUUCAUUAUACGUAUUGGGUGUACAGUAAAUGCACCAUUGUUACGACUGGGCCUCCUAGUGGUGUCUUGAUAGCACACAAAUGCAGAAAGAAGCGUUGAGAUUGAUGAAACCCAACAAAAUCAUCAUUUGUUACGGAACAAAUCCAACACGAAAAGGCGCAUAUAGUUGGGAAUUGAGAGUAUAAUCCAUCUUUUAUACCGUCAUUGUCUACUUCAUACAAAUUCAUUUUGUCAUUCUACAAGUGUCUGUAUCCAAACGACUUUGGUUAAACAAAGAGAGGAGCUGAAAUUUGCUUCCUGUA